AUUUUCUAAUUUUAUUGGCAAUUUGGGCAAUCGAGUAAUUUCGCUCCAAGAAUUCAUGUGGUAUAUUUGGAUAGGCGUUUCCAACAGCGCCGUCGCAUCGCCGAAUCACUGCUCUCUCUCUCUCUCUCUGAUGCGAUCGGAGUGACGUGCUUGUGACGAUGCCGACCUCCGCCGCUGCCGACGGACUCCCGAGGAGUCUACCUAGCAAAGCCCUGCCGUCGCCACCCGACUCUGGUCUUCGCCAGGCACGGAAGCCCCACCCCGGCUGCCGCGUCCGCAACCGCGAGUUCCGCGGCGCCGCUGUCCGGACUGGCCUAAGAAACGGCGGCACCGCAGCCGGCGGGAGGAGGAGUGGCCCCGGCACCCCAUUUCUUCGGUGGAAGUUACAGGAAGCCCCCCCGCCGAAGCCCGUCAACGAGGUCGGCGAUGUCCGCCCCGGAGCUGGGCCUCCGCGCAUGUCGGCGAGGAAGCUCGUGGCUGGGAUCUGGCACCUGCAGCCUCUGCGUGAUGGCAAUGGCAGCCGACGACCUCCUCCUGGUCUCGAGUCUGUUCCCCAGCAUCAACGAGAUCGGCUGCUUUGUAAUCCCCUUGGCGCUGACCUGCAUGCUAAUAAGAAUAAAAAGAAUGGAUCUGUCGGUCCAGUCUCAGUUCUAAGUCCCAAAUAUGGCAAUGUUCUUAAGCUCGCUGGAUUUCCCAAUUCUGUAACGGAGAAUGCAACUAAAUGGGAUCCUGAGAGCUCGAUGACAUCGGAGGAGGUCUUCCGGUUCUAUGGUCAACUGAAGCUUCUUGAAGCUCAGGAAUUGAACACAGAUACACUCGUUAAUUCCCUUCGGACCGAGCUCGAAAGAGCUCGUGCCCGCAUCAUUGAACUCGAGACCGAACGGAGGUCAGCAAAGAAAGAGCUGGAUCGAUUCUUGAGAAGGGUUGCCGAGGAGAAAGCGUCAUGGCGAAGCAGGGAGCACGAGAAGGUCAGGGCUAUGAUCGAGGCGACGAAGGCUGAUCUCCACAGAGAGAGGAAAAAGCGACAAAAAGCAGAGAUCGUUCGUGCCAGGCUGAUCGAUGAGCUUGCUGAAGCCAAACUAACCGCGAAGCAGCUCCUGCGUGACUGUGGGAAAGAACGCCGAGCUCGCGAGCUUGUCGAGGAGGUCUGUGAUGAGCUUGCGAAGGAGAUCGGGGAAGACAAAGCUGAGAUCGGAACGCUGAAGAUGGAAGCAUUGAAGAUACGAGAAGAAGCUGAAGACGACAAGAAGAUGCUGCAAAUGGCAGAAGUAUGGCGCGAGGAAAGGGUUCAGAUGAAGUUAAUCGAGGCAAAGCUGAUUCUCGAGGAGAAAUAUUCACAGCUGAGGGAACUGCGAGCGGAGUUGGAAGCAUUUUUGUCUACGAGCGCAGCUGCACACUCCGACUUUGCAUCAGUGCGAGAGGCAGAGCUGCUUAAAGAACAAGUGGACCUGGCAAAUACUGAAGGGAUGGAAGAAUUCUCUUACCAGCCGCCACCUGCUUCGGAAGACAUCCAUGCUGUCUUCGAAGAACUCCAACCAAACCAAGAAACCCAUGAGAGAGACAUCGAACCUUGCUCUGGUCGUAGCCCUGAAAGCCAUGACACCGCGAGUCCAGAGACAGAUGCCUUUCUGGAGCAUCCCCCGGAGCAGAACGCACAUGAGUCGGUAGAUAGCAAGGAUGAUGUAGAAGAUGAUAGUGACCGGGAGAAAGUGAGUCACGCCGAGGAGCGAGGUUCGAGCAACUCGCAUGUUGGGAUCGAACCAUCCGUCGAUGAUUGCUGCAAAGAAAGCUAUGCUUCGGUGAGCGAAACAGAGUCGAAGGAGAACAGACAAGACAAGGUAAACCAAGAAACCAUUGAGGUCUCCUCUGCAAAUGCAAAAUCAAGAAAGGUGAUGGCAUCUUCGAUGUGCAAGCUUUGGAGAUCGUCAGCGCACGAUAUCGUUGACGACCUCUUGAGAACAUCUGAUGAGGUGAAACCAGGCAGGUUGUCUAAUGGAAGUCUAGCCUCGUACCAUGAUGAGGUAUGCGAGAAACUCUCGAUCGAGCACACAACCGGAAGGCUGUCAAAUGGUAAUAAGGUCUCCGAUGACACUUUGUCUCCCGGUAUCGGACCGGGAGGAGCUGGUUCGAGUCCGGCAAAAGGGUGCACCGAACGGCCACGAAGCAAUCAGAGGCACAGUUUAAAGGCAAAGCUGAUGGAGGCAAGGAUGGGGAGCCAAAAGAUUCAGCUGCGUCAUGUCCUAAAGCAGAAGAUGUAACAUAUUCGAAGAGUGUUUAUGUUCUCCGCUGUUGAUUGUUGAGUCAAACUCUGCUGCAGAGUCUUUGCCUCGGUCGCAAAGUCAAGCUUCGUUUAGAACUUGUAAUAACGCAUUUCUGUCUGCUACUCCCGUUGAAAUUUCUCGGCUUGCGAAGCGUUGACUUCCGAUGUCGAUAUGAAAGGGUGAGAGAAGGAGCAGAAGGGCCCCACUCGACGACUGUCAUCAACACGUGAAAAGGCGGCGUCGAGCUGUAUCUGAAACACGUGAUUCGCCACGUGGGGGUGACGCAUGCACACACGUCUGAAUCCCAACCGCGAAGCAACGGACCCGUCGGAGAACCGUGUACGCCAUCUCGGGUCAACGAUUUGACUGCCCGGUUCAAACCGGACCGCCUCUAGACCAGGCUACCAGCCAUUCGGGAUCGAAGCGGCCCAACUAAGCCGGCCAUCGAUUGAGGCGGCCUUUGGUCCACGGUUCUCGUGUCUAGGGUUUCCGCGUUCGGACCUCUGUGUGUAUAUAUAUAGAGGUAGAGAGGCCUUCAUUUCGGUGCUCAAGGGUUUCUUGUGAUCGCUUCCUGGCCUCCGGCGCGACAAUGGGGAGACGUCCUGCAAGAUGUUAUCGUCAGAUUAAGAACAAGCCAUAUCCAAAGUCAAGAUACUGCCGUGGUGUUCCGGACCCUAAGAUCAGGAUCUAUGAUGUUGGAAUGAAGAAGAAAGGAGUUGAUGAGUUUCCCUUCUGUGUUCACCUGGUUAGCUGGGAGAAGGAGAAUGUAUCUAGUGAGGCUCUUGAAGCUGCACGCAUUGCGUGCAACAAGUAUAUGACAAAGUUUGCUGGGAAGGAUGCUUUCCACUUGAGAGUCAGGGUGCAUCCAUUCCAUGUUCUGCGUAUUAAUAAGAUGCUUUCCUGUGCUGGAGCUGAUAGGCUCCAGACCGGGAUGAGAGGUGCCUUUGGGAAACCACAAGGAACAUGUGCCAGAGUGAACAUUGGUCAGGUUCUUCUGUCUGUUCGUUGCAAGGAUAACAAUAGCAACAAUGCACAAGAAGCCUUACGGCGUGCCAAAUUCAAGUUCCCUGGCCGUCAGAAGAUAAUUGUCAGUGGAAAGUGG